AUGCACGUUCGUGACGCUUCCGGCCGCUGCGUCUCCCUCCUCAACGAUGAGCCUGGGCCUUUGAAUGCUCCGUUAUCCACUUCUUCCUACACCUACCACCUCCCCAUGGAUAUUGUGCGCUCCUCAUCCAUCCGCAGCAAUACCUCAUCGCCUCCCACUCCCGGCUUGACUCGUGCACAUUCAGUCGAGUCAGUCUCGUUCACGCCCCACUCACCCGCCACUCCUUCAUCUCAUGACCAUAUCAACUACCACUAUUCGGGCUCUCGUUUGGGCUUACCCGACCAAGCUUUCCUAGACUACCGGGAAAAGUCUACUCGCUACGAGUCAUUUCCCCCCCACCCAAACUACUCGGACAUAUCAUCUCGUUCAGCCUAUGAUCCAGCCCGUCCUUCCUACGCUGAGCCUCAGGUAUUCGAAGAAGAUCAAUACCGCUGUGACCCUCUAGCGCCUGAGCGUGGUCCCAAACGUUACCCCUGCCGCUACCGCGACUCUCACCACUGCCUAAAGACUUUUACAACCUCAGGCCACGCUUCCCGGCAUUCCAAGAUUCACACUGCUGAAAAAGGCGUAAGUUGCACGUGGGAAGGCUGCAAUAAAAAGUUUACCCGAUCCGACAACAUGAAACAGCAUCUCGAGACCCACUCCAAAGAGCGUUCGCGCCCGCCCAAGCUUAGCACAUCAGCUUUCACAUCAAAACUUACCGUUCCAGCCGGCGUGAGAAAGUCGACAAUUACCCUCUCCACUAGCCGUGCAUCAGCUACAGAAAUUCGCAACCCAACUACAACCCUAUCGAAUCUUCCUGGCUCACGAAAUUCGUCGGCAUCUUCAGACCUUGCACCCCUUCUAGAUCCGGCCAUGUUCAAAAGCUUUCACACACUAGCCCAGUCCAACCUACAACAUCGCCAUCCAGCAUUGCCUACUAAUGGGCUAGAGACGCUGGCUUUAUUAGCAGGUGCUCGUCCCUGA